AUGCAUUUGAACGCUACUGUAUUGCUCGACUGUGCUAUUGAUUUCUCUUCAUUCAAUCUCUUCCUUCCAUAUGUAUAUGAUCAGAGAUCACGGUUGAAGAAUCUACCUUUGUUUCACGGUGUCCCAGAGGUUCAUCCCGUUCCGCUGGAAGCAAUUUGUAUGAAUACUGUUGACUACAUAUUGGUUUCAAACUGGCACUCUGUUGUCGCCCUUCCGUUUUAUACUGAGAACUCUGGGUUCAAAGGUGUUGUGUAUUCCACGGAACCUGUUGUGCACUUCGGACGGUUAAUGAUGCAGGAGCUUAUUGAAUAUCACGAAAAAAUUGUAUCGGAACACGUGGACAGCAAAUGGAAGGACCCUUCAAUAUACUGCACAUUCCCGAACGCACCAAUCCGUAAUCCUUCCGAGUGGAAACAAUUUUAUUCGAAGAAGACCAUGGAUGAUGCUUUAUCUCGGAUCACAACUGUGUCUUUCAAUCAACCCAUUAACCUCGAAGGAAGUGUCUCUGUCACUGCCUGCCCGAGUGGCUACUCUAUUGGGUCUUCAAAUUGGGUAUUUAAAACGGAAUACGAGCGGGUAGGGUAUCUUGCAUCGUCUUCAGUACGUCCCGCUCAUUCACGGUCCAUUGAAUGGGAGAAGUUCCAUGAUGCUGAUGCUCUCAUCCUCACUUCCUUGGCAAGAAGUCCAGAGUUUAGUCUCGAGGGUGCCAUAAUGGAAAUAGCCCAAACUGUGGUUGAUACGCUGAAGCGCGGUGGCAACGUACUGAUGCCGGUGAAUCCUGUCGGCUCUAUUUAUGAUCUCAUAGAUGUUGUAUCAAGGAGCAUUGAUGGCGCGGGUGGUUCAAUCUUGGAGUCGCGAAUAUAUUUUAUCUCACCAGUUGCUAAAGGAGCGUUGGCUUAUUCCAAUGUUAAUGCAGAAUGGCUUUCUGAAGCCAAACAGAGUUCUGUGUACGUUCCAGAGGAACCAUUUUGUCACAUGGGGUUAGUGAGGAAUGGAAGGUUGAAGUUGUACGAAAAUGUCUAUGAAUCGUUCUGUAGAGAUUACAAAACCCCUUGCGUGGUUUUCACCGGUCAUCCAUCACUUCGAAUUGGCGAUGCACCACAUUUGCUUGAAAUGUGGGGAAACGACUCUAAAAAUGCUUUGAUUAUGACUGAUCCAGAUUAUCCUUUGAAUGAGGUGUAUGCUCCUUACGAAGACCUUGCAAUUCGAGCAUUUUAUUGUCCUAUUGACACUCGCCUUGAAUUUUCUCAUGUUAACUCUUCACUACUUCCAGUGGAACUGAAGCCUAAGAAUCUCAUAAUCCCGGAAACAUAUUCAGUGUCACAUAUUUCGAAGUCGCCGACUCAUAACCGAAUAGAAUUCGUUGUUCAAUAUAGCUCCAUCACCCCCAUGAGAUACGAUGAACAACUAUCAGUCUCUUUACCAUCCAAGAAGUUGCGGAAGAGGAAAAUCAAAAUCGAUCCUGAAGUUGGCAUCGCACCACUGUCAGGGUAUCUGUGUGCGUACGAUGAAGCGUACGAACUACAUCUUUCGAAAGAAAAAAUUGGAGCAUUACGUCCGAAAUACGCUGGACAACUCACGACUGAUGCAGUUUUGAAGGCACUUCAGAAGAGGAAUUUGUUGGGUCGCGCAACAACGCAUCCAGAUGGAGAAAGAAAAGUUGUGAAAAUUGACUCCAUCAACUCAGAAAUUACAUUAAGCGCAGACGGGAUGAGAAAUUGGGUGCCGAACGUGUUUUAUCGGCGCGAUGCGUCCUACAUCUUCGAAACGGACGUCGGCCAUUUCCAUUUGAUGGGACUCUCUAGCAGCAAAACAAACAGUGAAGCUGGUGAAGAAGGUGCUUGCUUUGCUUUUGCUAAGUCCACUUAA